AUGCCGACACAGGCGGCUGCAGUCGCCCUGGCACGGUUCAGUCUGUCGCCGCCUCCCCCUGACAGCGUCGCUCAGCACCUCCGCUCUGCCCCUCAGCUCUGCCGGGGGCUCCCCUUGGGGCUCGGGCCUCGGCCGCUUCCUCUGCCUCUCCUGCCUCCGUCGGCGCGUGUUCCCUGGCCUCUGCCGCAAGCCCCGCCCGGCCGCAGCAAGCACGUUCUGCUUCCCGGCGCGGUUCCUUCGGAAGCCACUCCGCGCCUCACCUGAACCCCCCGGCUCGGGGUCGCGAUGCAGCCCACGGCCGCCGCCACCACGCUCUCGGGGCGCUCGGGGCUCCUGUUCCUGCUGUUUCUCCUGCGGCUGCUGCGCGGGAUCACGGCGGCGCCGGCCGGGUUGGUCGUGGGCGCGACGCGCGGCGGAGCAGGGACAGAUGCUCUCUUGCUUUCCUACAAUUUCUCCAUCACAUCUCAGGCCAGGUCGGGACAACCGUGGUGUGAGAUUCAAGGCCAGGUCAAUGGAAACAAGUUUCUUUAUUAUGACUGUGGAAGCAAGCUGAUCUUAUCCAUUGGUCCUUGGGGGAUGAAGCUGAAGGACACAGAAUUUUGGGACACACAGAUGGAACCUCUGGAAGACCUGGGGGAAGAGCUCAGAAAGAAACUGCUGAACAUCAAAGCCGAGAUUUUCACUAAGAACGGUUCUCUCACCCUGCAGAGCAGGCUCACGUGUGAACGUGUGGCCGAUGGCCACACCAGAGGAUCCUGGCAGUUUGUCUUCAAUGAGAAGUUAACCUACAAGUUUGACCCGGAGAACAGAAAGUGGAUAGAGAGUCCUCCUGGAGACCAACAGGUUAAGGACAAGUUGGACAGUGACAGAGAGCUGACCGAGCUCCUCAUGAAGAUCGCGAACGGAGACUGUAAGAGAUGGCUCCAGAAACUGCGGGAGCACAGCAACGAGAUGCAGGAGACCACAGGAGCACCGACCACAACCCUGCCUGUACCUCUGGUCAAAGACGCAGCCAUCAGGCCGAUCACUUCUGUCCUCCUUGUGGUCCUCACGCACUUAAUCCUCCUUGUUGUCCAAGGCAUAAUCCUUUGAGUAACAGGUACUGUGGGCAGAACUGAGUCAGAAGUGAGAGGCAGAUGGCCCGAGGUUAGCUCAGAGAAAGGCAAAUGGCCAGCCCUUGUCCUUUUACCUGGACCUUCUCACCUGAACAUGAGACCGGAUGCGUUGGACUGUAUUAGCUUCUCCCAAGAAAGAGACUCAUCAGGAGCUGUUGAUGUAGAGGUUGAGGUAGAUAAUUAUUACAAGGGAUUGGCUCACGACUAGGGGAUCUGUGAGCUGAAGAAAAGGGAAGAUGAUGGUGGGGUUUCUAGUGCAAACCCGAAGGCCGGAGAAUCAGGACAUCUGUGGUAUAAGUCUAGGUCCUGGUCCGAAGACCCAUACACCAGGAGUGC